AUGGGAGACAGACAAGUCGGCGUCUCUCUACCAUCAUCGCUCAAACCCAUGAAGGUUUGGUUUUUUCAUUCUCUCUUUGAUCUGCAUUGUUUGACUUGUCGCGGGUCUCCCAGGGUUCCUACAGAUUUCCCCGCCCUCUACCUUCUUCGGGGAUUCUUAUCCGCUUGCCUUUUAGGAAAAUUCUCAUUGGGCGGAGAGCUGAUCUGUAGAGUGAGGUAA